GCUCUAGGACCCGCGCGCUGCUCUCGCCGGAGUCUCCCUGCAGACUGGAGUCUCGCGCUGUGGGGAGGUGUAGUGGAGGAGAGGCGAGGCGAGGACACGCUCGUGCUCAUCAAAACACUUUUACCUGUUUUCCGCGGGAUUAAAGUAGCAGCCGAAGCAGCGAGCAAUGCGCCGGAGCCCUCAGUGAUAUCUGUCUCGGCGACCCGUGUGAAGAGGCUUUACGCUGGCCGGAACGAAGGACUCCGCAGAUCUGGAUAGACGGACGGGCUGCUGCUGGAGAGCAUGACGACGGACGUGGUGAUCGUGAAGGAGGGAUGGCUGCACAAGAGAGGAGAGUAUAUAAAGACGUGGAGGCCGCGGUAUUUCUUGCUGAAGAGUGACGGUACGUUUAUCGGCUAUAAGGAGCGUCCGCAGGACGUUGAUCAGCUGGAGACGCCGCUGAACAACUUCUCAGUGGCACAGUGUCAGCUGAUGAAGACGGAACGGCCCAAACCCAACACAUUCAUCAUACGCUGCCUGCAGUGGACCACUGUCAUUGAACGCACCUUCCAUGUGGAGAAGCCCGAGGAACGGGAGGAAUGGACCAAAGCCAUUCAGACUGUGGCCAACAGUCUGAAGAAACAAGAGGAGGAGAUGAUGGACUCUUCACAUGACCACAUGCACAUGGAGACGUGUGUGACCAAACCUCCGCACAAAGUGACUAUGCAUGACUUUGAAUACCUCAAACUCCUGGGAAAAGGCACUUUUGGGAAGGUGAUUCUGGUGAAGGAGAAAGCAACGGGAAAAUAUUACGCCAUGAAAAUCCUCAAGAAAGAAGUGAUUGUAGCUAAAGAUGAAGUGGCUCACACACUCACAGAGAACCGUGUGCUUCAGAACUCCAAACACCCCUUCUUGACGGCUCUGAAAUACUCCUUCCAAACCCACGACCGUUUGUGUUUCGUCAUGGAGUACGCCAACGGAGGAGAGCUCUUCUUCCACUUGUCACGGGAUCGGGUUUUCUCAGAGGACCGAGCGCGCUUCUACGGGGCGGAGAUCGUGUCUGCGCUGGACUACCUGCAUUCAGAGCGAAACGUGGUCUACAGGGACCUGAAGCUGGAAAACCUGAUGCUGGAUAAAGACGGUCACAUAAAGAUCACUGACUUCGGCUUGUGUAAGGAGGGCAUCACAGACGGAGCCACUAUGAAGACCUUCUGUGGGACUCCAGAGUAUCUGGCCCCUGAGGUGCUGGAGGACAAUGACUACGGCCGUGCAGUGGACUGGUGGGGUUUGGGAGUGGUGAUGUAUGAGAUGAUGUGUGGCCGUCUGCCCUUCUAUAACCAGGAUCACGAGCGUCUGUUUGAGCUCAUCCUGAUGGAGGACAUCCGCUUCCCUCGCACACUCGCUCCGGAGGGAAAAUCGCUGCUGUCCGGCCUGCUCAAGAAAGACCCCAAGCAACGGUUAGGUGGUGGUCCUGAUGAUGCUAAAGAGAUAAUGCAGCACAAAUUCUUCACUGGAAUUGAGUGGCAAGAUGUUUACGAGAAGAAGCUGAUUCCUCCGUUCAAACCACAAGUGUCCUCAGAAACAGACACCAGAUAUUUUGAUGAAGAGUUCACAGGACAGACCAUCACCAUCACACCACCUGGACAAGAGGAUGGUAUGGAGCCGUUCGACAGCGAGAGGAGGCCACAUUUCCCACAGUUCUCCUACUCCGCCAGUGGAAUGGCAUGAAAGCGUCCCGAUAUCUGCCUCUGCUCCAGCAUUUCCAACACUUUAGGUAGACGUUUCCCCUUCCUCUGACGGACGCAGCAUCACACGAGCUUCACAGAAGCUGCUCUGAGAUCAGCGUGAAGGGAGAUGUUUACCAGCACGUCUGGAUCUGUGAUGUUUGUCCUGAAACUAGUUUCUCUUUGCUUCUGUGGCCUUUGAUUUCAUGAUGUUUUCUGAGGAUAUGAGAGGGAACACUGAAACAUGUUUCCACUCGAACUGCCAAAUUAAUGUCCAUUAAUAUAGCAUUGAAAGAAAUGGAUUGUACAGCACAUCUUUAGUCUAGUAUUGAAGUAUUAAAACUAACCUCAUGCCAAAUAUUAUUUUAUUUCCAUUCAAAAACACCAUUUAUAUGAAUCGACCAAUUGAAAUGAAUGAAAAAGCAGCUUGUAUAAAUGUAUAGACUGAAUUGAACUGUGUCUCGACCCCUAAAGAAUUUUUGGUCUAAAUUUCACUUGCAUGGAAUGUGCAAUAUAGUAGAAAUGUAGAUAAAUUAUUAUUUUAUUUCAUUUUUUUAAUUACUUAUUAAAAUGACUGAAUUCCACAAAACUAGAAAUUAACUUAUUAAAAACCACCACCAUCAAUAUAGCAAAGGAGUGAAAUCUGAACAUGUCUGGAUCAUAUUUCAAAUCCUAAAAUCAAAAGCGAGAAAUAAACAAUUAUAUUUUUCUUUAAGAAAAUAAAGCCUGAGUUUAGGGCCAAAAAUGACGGUAUUAAGGCCCGUUCACACCAAGAACGAUACCUACGCCGUAGACGGGACGCGUCAAAAUAUAUUUGCGUUCAGCUCCAACGAACGAUAACGGUCUGUUUUUUGUAAGCUCACACGCUGCGGUUUUAAAGUGUGUACAACAUGUUUUUGCUGAUAUUGUUGCACUUACACGGCUUUAAUCAGCAGAUGUCCUCAGCGUGAUAUGUUUCGAGUGAAUAGCUAGCGUAAUCGAUCUAAUCUAACAGUGACGAAAUCAAUAUAGUGGAAUCAAAACAACGCCUUUCACUGCAUCUUUUUCACUGCAACUUCAAAGGAAGCAAGACAAUGCUGUAGUUAAAAUUAGCGCUGGAUACCUGAGGUAAUUUUAUAUUACACUGUUUGCUAGCCUAGCAUUAUGAUCUCAUUUUUUGAGUUGUCAAACCGCGGUGGUUUUUCACUUUUCCACAAUAUCGUCCGCCAUUUUAAAUUCGCGAGACGUUGAAUUAGAAUGGAUUCUGAUUGGCUGUCAGUGUUUUAUCGUUCAACCGUUCUGAAAGUGAUCCCAAUGAUCGUUAUCAUUAUAGCUGUGGUGUGGACAGUGCCAUUCUUUUAUAUUUAGAACGAUUUUUAGAACUAUAUCUUUAUCGUUAUCUUUAUAGUUAUCGUUCUUGGUGUGAACGGGCCUUUACGAUUCAAAUGUAUCCAUGAGAAUGAGGAAUUAUACAAUUUAAAUGUGUCACCAAAAUAAUUCUUAAUUUAUUAUAUGAUGCAAUUUUAUACAAUUGAAUCAUUACAAUAUCUGUUUGAUGAUAAAUAAAUUAUUUUGUGUUUCAUAACUGUUUUACCAUAUAAAUACUGCAUAAAAGCCAUUACUUAGACACAAUACAUUUCAAAUGUUAUAGAGGAUGUUACUGGGGCAUGUUGUCACAAAAGGUCAACGCAGAAAUUGGCUAUAAAAAUUAAUCCAUCCUGAAAAAUGUAUGAUUUAAAUCCUAUAAUUUCUUCUUUUAUGUGAGCCUGACAUGUUUUGAUGGGUUUCAGUGUCUCGUAUUAAGGAGCUUUUUGUAUUCUCCAUCUCAUCAAUCCUCUUCCUGUUUUAUUUUCUGUGUUUUCCAUGUUCUGUUGCGUGUGUUUUUAUCCCAGUGUGUUGCACAGCCUCGGCGAGGUACUUUAGCGACUGAUGAACAAUUACAAUCCAAGGGACCAUCUAAACCUUCUAACUGUUUAAAAUGACUUUGUGUUUUAGCUUGGAUUCGUUUAUUAGUUAAAUAUUAACAACUAGAAAGGACUUAUGUGAUUUACUGUGUGCUCCACACACACACACCAUGCAAAACAGAUUCAUUUUGUGCAUUAAAAGUGUAUUGUACAACUUAUUUAAAGCAACAUUUCUACACAUUGGUGUAAAUAUAACGAAACUGUUUUGAAGCACUUGUGAUUUAACUCACAACCACACGUGUGAGAAUCUGUUGGCUGGUUAUGUGUGUUUUAAACAUUAUUAUUAUUAUUAUUAUUGUGAAAUGCUCUGAUCAUUGUUGAUGGUAUGUGUAAUAAUCACACACACAGAUGUUGGUCAGCAUACGUAAAUGAAUGUAAAGGCCUUUCCUCUCUUUUCACCUUAUUACCUUAUUAUAUAUAUGCAAAACAAUUGUUUCCUAUUUUUUUAGAUCUGAUGUUUCAUAUGAAUUAUGCUUUUUCAUACAGUCCUCUGAUCUUUUUUUUAAAUGGGAAGAUAUUUUACUUUUAUAUCCUUUAAUUUUGUUGUCUUUUUUAAUACGUAAACUAAAGAACACCAGCUUUAGGAUACAAAUAAUAAUUUGUAUACAUUGUUCAGCUGUUUUUAUGAUUUAGACUUUUUUUCCAUUGAAUUGAUCAAAUAAACUUUUGGCUAAAUUGUA